UUUUAGAAUUUUUUAUUAUGGAGAGAAUUGAUCGAUUAACUCUUAGUGACAUUUUGGAGUAAUUUUUUGUCAAUGAUUCAUAGAGCAGAAGAUCUUCUUGUUGAAAGAAUUGCAGAGCUCUUUGCUCCCAGUCCUGUAGAUGAUGCUGAUGAUAACCAGAUAGGUAUGAUACCUAUAUUAUAAAGGAAGGGGAUAACAAUUUUGUAUGUCUAGGCACAGUAUUCACAACAGGAAAUAGGCCAAUUACAGUAGAUAAUUGAAGAGAGUGAAUAAAUUUUCUUGUUGAUGAAGUACAAGGUAGUCUCUACAAAACUUUUUCUCCUCUCCGUAAGAGAUAUUAGCUGUUUUAAUGAAUUAUUGAUAAUUUAGAAAGAUUUGGGAAACUAAAGCUCAAUUUAAAUAAAGAUAGUAUUUGUUUAUGACAUUUGAGAGAGGAUGAAACAAGAAGAAAAAUCUGAGGAAAAGUGUUCAUCGAACUGGAAUGUACAUACUUUUGUCAUGAAUCACUGCAGAAAUACCUUGAGAGAAAAGUAAGCAAGUUCAUUCAAUCAAUAAGAGAAAGAAUCACAAGACUUGUUGAAAUCAAGUUUAAAGAUGAAGAAACUUUCUCUUUUUUAGAAAAUUUCACCCAAGGAAGCAUCAUGGAGCUGGUUUAGCACAGGCCGAUUUCUC